AUGUCCCUUUCCCAGAAGACCCUGACACUGUGUUGUAUCUUUCACAGUUCACCGAAACUCUCCUCAGCCACUCCAUGCUACACCACCAGUUACCCUACACAAAAGGCUUCGUUAAGAACAAUCCACGUCCAAAGACUCGACCUUCCAUUUCUCAUAAGUGGUAAACAGAGAUGGAAGGUGAAGCCUGUAUCAGCAUCUCCUUCGGUUCCACAGCCACUUGACCUUACAGAAGACAACGUGAGACAGGCUUUGGUAGAUGCUCGAGCUGAGCUUGGUCAAAUCUUUGACACUUCUGUUGGUAUGACAGGUGCAGUUGAAUUGGUGGAGUUGGAUGGACCUUAUGUGACCAUUAGUCUCAAGGGUAGGUUUUGGCACAAACGUUCAACCGUUCUCGCCCGACUCGCCAAUUAUCUCAAACAGAGAAUUCCUGAGAUUUUAGAGGUUGAAAUCGAAAAUGAGAAACAAUUGGAUGAUAGUCCUGCCAAUUUCUAA